AUGAGCGACUUAGGUACGUGGUUCAGAAGCGUACCCAUUGUCACCAGGUACUGGUUUGCCAUAUCCGUCGUCUUGCCCUUACUGGGAAGAUUUGGCUUGAUCAACCCGAUGUGGAUGUACUUGGAUUGGGAUCUCGUUGUUUACCGGUUUCAUUUUUGGCGACCGAUCACAGCUUUGUUGUUUUACCCCGUCUCACCCCAAACUGGUUUCCACUGGCUUCUGAUGCUUUAUUUCCUGUACAACUACUCAAAAAAUCUCGAAACUGGAGUCUUCUCUGGGCGACCUGCGGACUACCUUUACAUGUUAAUAUUCAAUUGGUUGGUAUGUACGGGAAUAUGUAUGGCUGCAGGAGUAUAUUUCUUGUUGGAACCCAUGGUGCUGAGUGUUUUGUAUGUGUGGUGUCAAUUAAAUAAGGACACUAUUGUAUCGUUCUGGUUCGGAACAACAUUCAAAGCCAUGUAUCUUCCUUGGAUUUUAUGUGCUUUCAAUGCUGUCCUUCGAGGUGGUGGUAUGAACGAACUGCUUGGAAUUCUCGUCGGACACACUUAUUACUUCCUAGCUUUCGACUAUCCAUUACAGCAUGGAGGAGCAUCUUUCUUGCAAACACCACAAUUUUUAUACAAUUUCCUCCCUAAUGAGGAAGGUGGAAUCCAUGGGUUCGGAGCCGAGAGAGUAAUCAUGCAGAACGACGCUGGUGAAACAGUGGAGCUGUAUGUUCCCCGUAAAUGCUCGUCGUCAAACCGCUUGAUCGGUCCCAAAGAUCAUUCUUCUAUCCAACUGGAUAUCGUCGAUGUUGAUCCCAUCACAGGACGUAUGGUUGCUGGAAAGUCGACUCGUUAUGCCAUUUGUGGUGCUCUUCGUCGUCAAGGAGAAUCCGAUGAUGCUUUGUUGAGACUGGCGCAAAGGGAUGGAAUAAUUCCCAAGAAUCUCUAA